ACGUUUUGCAUGAACUGCCGACGCAACGGCGCGCAGAACACUCCGGAAUUUCGGAGGCCCAACCCAGUGGGUUCGAUGCCCGAUGGGGAUUUGCAAUGCGCCUGCCACGUUUCAGGGAGCAAUGAACAUGACAUUCCAGAAUUUCGUCAACAAGACACGACUGACGCAAGGGAUGAUUAACUUCUGCGUGAUCGUCUACAUGGACGACAUCCUAGUCUAUUCGGAGACUUAUCACGGACACGCGCAACAUAUUGAAUGGACAUUGGGCGCACUGAGAGAUGCUGGGUUCAAGAUUGCACUCGAGAAAAGCGAAUUUUUCCUCUCAGAAAUUUCGUUAUUAGGCUACGUCGUGACACGUGGAGGAUUGCGGCCGGACUCGAGAAAAGUUGCGGCGGUGAAGGAAGCCCCGGUUCCCACGUCACUUACGCAGCUGUGGCGCGAAGACUUCGUCGAGCUUUCACUGUGCUUAGUCGAGGUACGACUGACGUGGACCGAGGACGAGGCGCGCCCGCCUUGCAUAGAGUGCCUGGAGUUGUUGUUCAUCCAGGCUUGGCGAACCAACGUGGAGGGAGAACUCCUCGCGUUUCUGUUCGGCACAGUACGGCCCAGACAUCAGGAGCUCAUCGCGCAAGAGCUCGCGAUCCCGAUAGCGCAGCUGGCGGACGAGCUCCCUCUCGACAUCAUCUCGCAAGACGACGAGCAUCCGAUUCCUCACGUACUUUCUCGCACGUUGACGCCGUAUCUCCAGUGGUCGGCUUGUGUGGAGGGAGCCGCAGCGCGCAUCCCGCCGUCGCAGCAGCAGUAUUUGGAUCCCCGGACGGUUUGUGAUCCUGCCUUCUUCAGGCACCCAGCGGCAGAGCAGCUUGCUGCCAUUCGAGAGGAAGAAGAGGAGGAAGAAAGCACUGAGAGUGACGAAGGAGAAGACGAGCGGGAAGAAAGUGGGAAAAGCGACGAAGUACUCGGAGAAGAGGACGAAACCCCCGAAGAAGGAAACUAUAGCAAGCAUAGCGAGGGGGAGCAGAGCGAAGAAGAAGAAGAAGAUGACGAAGGAAAAGAGGAGAACGAAGGACCUACGGAAUCGGAGUGGGAAGCUGCGCCGGAAGAAACGAUGCGCACGGGCACGGAGGCUGAAGAUCCGGAGGCGGCCCGCAAAAGAGAAGAAACCGCGGCUGGGAAAAGGGAACUAGAGUUUGCGAGCGGGGCAAGCUUACACGAGAAUGGCCUUCCGUUGACAUACGAAAAGCACAUGUUUGAAGCUCUGCAAUGGAAGCUUGGGAAGGCGGACGGUUCGUGCGAGGACCUGAUGCACAGUGUCAAUCUGCAGAGAGGGCAGACGAGCACGGUCACAGAUGAUGAAGACACUGGCGGCACUAGUGAGAAUGGAGGGGGUCGACGAAAAGCGGAUACUGACAGCACUGAGGGUUACAAGUCUCGACGGACCGCGGGUGGGAGCGACCACAAACGGCGUUCCGCGGCAGAGAGUUCUAGUGACGCUUCAAGGGGAGGUUCGUCCGCAGACAUUGCACAUGCUCUUGUCGACGCGAACGACCGUCAGGCGGAGAGGAUCGCAGGGAGUUUUGCACAGGCCAUGGACGGAAUGAACAAGACCAUGGCCGAGGGUAACCAAACACUGUUGCAAUGCUUCGCUAUGCUUUCAAAUGUGAUGGUGGGACAACCACCAUCUGUUCCUCCAGGGGGCGGGACACUUUGCAAACGUGGCAGUCGCCAUGAAGAUGGUCGUUGAUCACAUGCUUGGAGCACACAAAGUGAUCGGCUGCAUGUCCGAGACGU